AUGUCUCAAAAAUCGAACGCGAUCGAAAUCGCAAAAGCUGCCAAAGCAGCAUUCGAAGCUUCCCAACUCGUGGACACGUCGGAACGCGUAAAGGCGCUACAUCUGAUCAAGAGCGAGCUUGAAGCCUUGCGGAAUGAGAUUCAAGAGGCAAACAAGGCUGAUUUGGAGGCUGCACAAGUUGAAGUCGAGGCGGGACGCCUAUCAGCGUCUCUCGUGAAACGUCUGGACCUAUUCAAAGGUGACAAAUGGGAUGGUAUGCUACAAGGUGUUCUGGACGUAGCUGCUCUACCCGAUCCAACCGGCUCUGUGUCGUACGCCUCCGAACUCGAUGAAGGACUUGAGUUGUAUCGCGUUUCUUGCCCGAUUGGCGUAUUGCUCGUCAUAUUUGAGGCUCGUCCGGAGGUCGUGGUGAACAUUGCUGCAUUGGCAAUCAAAUCUGGCAACGCAGCAAUCCUCAAAGGCGGAAAGGAAUCCACCCUCACAACCUCACUCCUCUCCCAAGCCAUCCGAAACGCACUAGCGAAAACCCAACUCCCACAAGACUACAUCCAAGCAAUCCAAACUCGAGAAGAAGUCUCCUCCUUACUUGCGUUAGAUCGGUAUAUCGAUUUGGUGAUACCGAGGGGGAGUAAUAGCCUCGUUCGACAUAUUCAGAAUAAUACACGGAUACCUGUUAUGGGCCAUGCAGAUGGGUUGUGUUCGGUGUUUUUGGAUGAGAGUGCUGAUGAGGAGAAGGCGGUUAGGGUGGUUGUUGAUUCUAAGACCGACUAUCCAGCUGCUUGCAACGCCGCCGAGACACUCAUAGUACACGAAGCACUCCUCCACACCUUAUGGCCAACCGUCGCAAAAGCCCUCUUAGAAGCAGGCGUCGAACUCCUCUGCGACCCCCAAUCCCUCUCCGCUCUCCAAAACCAAAACCACCCCUCCAUCCCUCCCAACCUUGUCUCACAACAAAACAUCAAACCCUCAAAACCAGAAGACUACGACACAGAACAUCUCUCACUCACCCUCUCCAUCCUCACCGUUCCCUCCCUCUCCUCAGCAAUCGCACACAUCAACGCACACUCCUCACACCACACGGACUCAAUCAUCACCGAGAACCCUACAAACGCAACUCAAUUCUGUCGGGGCGUCGACUCAGCAGGGACAUACGUGAACGCCAGCACACGGUUCGCCGACGGGUUCCGCUACGGAUUCGGUACGGAAGUCGGCAUUAGCACAGGGCGCAUACACGCACGUGGACCUGUUGGUCUUGAGGGUCUCGUCACGUACAAGUACGUUAUGCGCAGUAAAGGCGAUAAAGGACAUAUCGUUGGUGAGUUUGGUACUGGGGAGGGUAAAAAGAAGUUCAAGCAUGAAAAGAUCUCAACAUCCAGACUGUCCUUCUAA